GGCCAAGUUGAAUUAAUUAAUACAACCACCGUUUUCGCUGUGUCUGUGGAUCAUUUUCUUCAAUGGCAAUGAAAUCGGCACUGAGUCGAGGAAUCGUGACUCGUUCAAUGGACUCAACAUCUCGUGGAGCUUUCACUCGUUUCUUCAGCAACAAAGGUAAGGUUCUCAGCGAGGAAGAACAGGCCAAAGAAAACGUCUACAUCCAGAAAUGGGAGAGGGAGAGGUUGGAGAAACAGAAGCAAGCGGCUGAGAAGGCUAAGGCAGAGAGAGCCAAAGAGACUGCUGAUAACAAGAAAUCUGAUGGGACUCCAAAAAGCUAAUUUUAUCGGUCAUGCUAGCCAUGACAUGAAGGUCAGUCGGUUGUGGGAAGUAAUCAUGGGGAAUAAAACCACAUUGACCCUUAGUUGAACUAUUGUCUCUGUAUAGAAUGGUGUGUUUCUGGUUAUUUGUAGUUUUCUUUAAUGGUGAUGGAGGAGACGAGACCUUGUUUCAUCCAGCAAGUUUGUUACAUUUUGUUUUUUUUGAUGUAAUCCUUCUCUAGGAAGUUUGGUGCAUUAUGUUUCGUGAUCUUAAAGUGAAUGCACAAGCUAGUUUCCCGUUAGAAAA